AUACGCGCAUGACCGGCCUAUCUGAGUCCGUCUCUAGCGUAUAGUCAGUCCGCACGCCGCAGCUGACAGCGCGGUCGCGCGUCGCCCGCGACCCGUCGAAAUAUAAUAACAAACCCGACCCGUACCGCGGUCCGCGAUCGUGUGCACCGGCAUUAUCUAAUUUUAUUCCAAAUUCAAAUCCAAGUGUCACUAGUGCCAUCUGUUGUUCAAGUACAAAAUGAGGCGUAACGUCAAGAUAUUGUUCCUUAUUGGGGCAGUGUGGAUUUUCUUCCUAUUCUACUACAUGCAGCCUGAUUCGGCACAAUCGAAGGAAGAAAACAUAGCUCUCCGACUAAUCAAGCAGCACCCAGAAGAAGAAGUGGAGAGCAGCUCAGCGUCUCCGGAGGACGCGUAUGGGACGGGCAGCACGGGGCGGACGUACUUCGACGAGGGGGGCUACGUGGCUGGAGGGGCUAAGGACGCGGACCCUUACAUGAGGAACCGAUUCAACCAGGCUGCGUCAGAUACGUUACAUAGUAACAGAGCUAUACCUGACACCAGGAAUGCCAUGUGCCGCCUGAAGAAAUACGACGAAGAUCUGCCGCAGACGAGCGUCAUCAUUACAUUCCACAACGAAGCGAGAUCCACACUCCUGCGCACGAUUGUCAGCGUCCUGAACAGAAGUCCGGAGCACCUCAUCAAGGAAAUAAUCCUCGUCGAUGACUACAGUGACAAUCCGGAAGAUGGAGCUUCACUGCGGGCUAUUCGCAAAGUACGCGUGAUCAGGAACUCCAAACGCGAGGGUCUGAUGAGGAGCCGCGUGAGAGGAGCGGACGCGGCCACCGCGCCAGUACUCACCUUCUUGGACUCGCACGUGGAGUGCAACGUCCACUGGCUGGAGCCUCUGCUGCAGAGAAUCAAGGAGGAUCCGACGCGUGUGGUGUGCCCGGUCAUUGAUGUGAUCAGCAUGGACACCUUCCAGUACAUUGGAGCCUCUGCAGACCUGCGGGGAGGGUUUGAUUGGAACCUUGUUUUCAAGUGGGAGUACCUAUCGCACGCGGAGCGCAGCGCCCGCCUCAGCGACCCCACCCAAGUGAUCAGGACGCCCAUGAUCGCUGGCGGACUGUUCAGCAUGGACCGGCAGUACUUCAACAAGCUGGGCAAGUACGACAUGAAGAUGGACGUCUGGGGCGGAGAGAACCUUGAAAUAUCCUUUAGAGUAUGGCAGUGCGGUGGCUCUCUGGAAAUAGUUCCGUGCUCGCGAGUAGGUCACGUGUUCAGGAAACGUCACCCGUACACAUUCCCCGGCGGUUCUGGGGCAGUCUUCGCGAGAAACACCAGGAGAGCCGCCGAGGUGUGGAUGGAUGACUACAAGGAGUUAUACUACAGGUCGCAACCGCUGGCGAAGCAAGUUGAAUAUGGAGACAUAUCAGAACGCGUCGCCCUACGAGAAAAACUCCACUGCAAACCGUUCCGCUGGUACUUGGAGCAUGUUUACCCGGAGCUGCAAGUGCCGGCUAUGGCUGGAGGGUCCCAUGUCAUACGACAGGGAACCCGCUGCCUCGAUACUAUGGGGCAUCUUGUUGAUGGAACUAUAGGCAUGUACCCGUGCCACAACGCGGGCGGCAACCAGGAGUGGCGGUUCGAGGACGGGCUGCUGCGCCACCACGGGCUGUGCGCGGCGCUGCGCGGCGCGCGGCCGGCGCUGGCGGCGUGCGCGCGCGCCGAGCCCGCGCAGCGCUGGCGGCGGCGCGGCGCGCGCCUGCAGCACGCCGCCAGCGGCCUGUGCCUGCACGCCGCCGCGCCCGCCGCCGCCGCCGCCGCCGCCGCCGCCGCCACGCCCGCGCUCCUCGCCGCGCCCUGCCGCGACGACGAGCCCGCGCAGCUCUUCACCUUCUAAACUCCGGCUCCACCGACCUACGACGCGUCCGAGUAGAUAACAUGUAGAAAGCUAUCUUUAUACGGUGGCUCGUCGACGAAUACGGUGGAGAAACGCUGAUCGGUCCCCUGCGCUGCUACGAAGUGAGCCGUUCGCCGUUUAGAUGGUUCGCUCGCGGUUCAUAGACGGUGACCUGUACGAGUGAAAAUGAUCAGGGGCCAGAACUGGAUGAACGAUGACAAGUCGUAUUUAGAUAUUUCAUUGUCGGUGCUCCGUUGAUGAGGUGUCGACAGUGAGGAACUGACUAACCUGUCUAAUUCCGAAUUUUCACUGUAGGAUCUUAACAUAAUUGUCCCCAGAUGCAGUUGGAGAUAUUUGUAAAUGUUUACAGCUGUCAGAGAUUACUGUUGUGGUGAACGUAACAUUCGUCGAGCCCGAAUUGCGCCAGUACGACACAGGCUGUACGCCCAGAAAAAAAUGUUGUAACACUUUUAUUUUUAAAAAUUGUUUUAGUAGUGUUUCCGUCAAGUGCAGCUAACUUCCUGACGUCAUCUUACCUCUACGGGAUCUAAAAAUAAAUAAAUACACUUAUGUCUGCAAUUCUGCAUUUGAUCAAUAUUUGUCUAUUUUAACCGUUGUGGUGAACGUACGAAGUAGUUCGAAAUACUUUUAUCAAUAUUUCCCACUAGCAAAUUAGUUAGUAAAUGACAACUCUCUGAAUUCGAACCACGUCCUUUGAAAACUAAAAGUCGAAGUAGUAAAACACUAGGCCGAGGAUAUUAUAUUAAAACUCGUCUCGAAAUAUAUGUAUAUAAAAGAGAAAAAGAAAGUAGAUAUAAUGAAACUUACGAUGAUGUUAAAGGUAGCUCCAAGUUAAAUUUAUCGCCAAUACUAUUUUUAUGGUGAUAGGUAGUAAACAAAUUAACUUAGUCACUAAAAGAAAGACUUAAAAAUACUCGCUUUAAAUUCGAAUCGAUACUUAUCAUUGUAACUGAAUUUAUGUUAGGGCACCACAGAAUCGGAAGACUUCCUUGAGUGGGUGCCAAACUAUUUGUAAAUAUUGUUAUAUUUUUAAGACUCAACAUUCCGUUAAGAGUUAUUUUCUAGUAACCACUUCGUUUUAUUGAAUCUUAUAUUUCUUGUAACUUCUAACGCUUUAUAGGUAGCUACUUUUAUAUUUACUAUUGUUUUCUUUACAAAAACUCGAAUAUUUUACUUUGGUCUGUUUUUUUUUUAUCUAAUUCUAAGUUUUAUGUAAUUUUUAUAUUAUACAGGGUGUAAGAGACAGGUUGACCAAAAUGAAAACAGCUGAUUCAAAUUAAGGGUCUGAAUCAGAUAGCAGAUUAUUUUCCCACCUCCCUCCCUCCCUACCGCGGAAUCCUCGACAAGAGCCCCUACAAACAUACCCACACAUCGCACACACCGCCCCCGCCGGCGGGGGCGAAGAACCCUCGCGACACACAGUCCGCGCGCGAUCAGAUUUGCGCCCGAGUGCAUAACAACCGUCGCUAUCUCACCCACCCAGACGUACCGACCCUUCGCCGCCCCUCGACGGGGGUCGAAGUGCGGUGGCCUAAGCCGAGGCCGAGUCACUCUGGCGCCCUUAGGCGCACACCGCAGUCCAUAAGAAAGAGUCGACAAUUCUGUCGCUCCCCUCUCGCGGGCUUGGAGUGCCAUCAGCACUCGCCCCUGCAUUCGCUUACGGUGAAGCUGUAAAGGCCACUCACGGCCAACAGCAAACACAUUAAAAAAAAAAAAUAUUUUCCCACCGGAAAUGCACCACAGCCAUAUGAUUAAUAAUUCUUAGUUUAACGCCGCGCUAUGUAUUUGAAUAUUUACAAUCCACAUGUCGCGGUAUACCUACAGCGCGCGCCUCUAUGUAGGUAUUUUUCGUAAGCUUGUCACAGAAUACGUGUUCUAUGCAUAGGGACAACGCCACAAGCGCAUGCGCUUGUGGCGUUGACCUCACACAUACACAGCUGAUUCCGAGCGUCGUGGUAAAAUUUUAAUACCAAUAAAAGAUUUUUUUGAUAUUUCAUAGUAUUUCACCAUAAAAUAUUAUUUCUUAAUAUAAUGACGUAAUAUUAUAGGUUACAAGAUUUUUAAUGUAAAAAAAGGAGAUUUUUUUUUUUAAUUUUCCGUUCAAAAUAAUGAUCUAACUUCACUGUUUCAGUUUUUGCCAACCUUUCCCUUACACCCCGUAUAGUUUUGUGAAUAUCUCAUAAAUAUAAUUUUAGUAUCUUUUAAUAUAUUGUAAUAGUUACCAGUGUAAUGUAGUUAUUCGAAUAUUUCAAUAUAAGUGCCGGGAAUGUGGAAUGUGAAUAUAAUGUAGAUGUAGUAAAAUGAAAUCACUUUGUAAGCAAUUAGUUUAUCUAUUUGUAGUCACAGUGCACCUGUGUACAACACAACUCCAAGUAACAAAUUUUCAUUUAUGUCAUUUCAAAAUUAAAGUUAUCAUUAUUUUAUUUUACAAUAAUAUAGUAUAUAAUUAUUACAAUACAAGUGAUUUAUGUCAGUAUAGCAAGCUAAGUGUCGAGAUGAAAGUUUGAAUGACUGGACUCGAUACAUUUGUGGAAGGUUAUUAACAUCAACUUUUGAGAAGUAAUUGAUGUACAUGAUUGUAGUCAGUCGAGUCGAUUCUAAUAAUAACCGCUGUUGUGCUACCGAAAAGUGAAACAUCGGAAUAUAUACUGAAAAGUACAAUAGACCUUCGCAAAGUAAGUUUUAGAUUUAUCAAUACAUACGUUAGGUUAAUAGGUUAUUGAAAUUAAGAUAAUACUAUGUAAAAUUGAGGCCUAUUCACAUUCGCUUAUGAAUUAUAGUAACUCGUUAAUACUAAGUAUAAUUUCCUUUACAACUUGAAAUACUCGGUCGCUUAGGUUAGUUUUUAUACUGUAAUAGGACGAUAAUUUUCAAAAAGUAUUAAUUAUUUGUAAAUAAUCACAAUUUCACCUUUUAGAGGAAGAAUUAACUUCUUGGUUAAUUAAAGAUAUAAUUUAUCAAAUCAUCGAGAUUGCCCAUUUAAACGAACGUACCAACGUAUCAUAAUACAAGCUCAAUAUAUACAAAUUAAAGAUUUUUCUUUAAUUAUAUUUCAUGUAAUUUCAUCUAUAUUAUAAUAUACAAUAAGAAAACACUUACCUAUAAAAAAUGUUAAUUGAAGUUAGUUCAAUUGGUUCAUUGUGACGAACUCAUUAGUUAUUUACCAAUUAGGUUUCUAGGGAGGGGGAGAAGCGAGAUUACAGCACAAGGGUAACCUGAAACGAUAUAUUGCUACUAAUACGAAGUCAUGUGCCCUCAUAACUAACAAUCUGCUCCCUGACAUGUGUCUAGUGUAACCUAAAUUCAUGCAAUUUAUUGGCAUCAAGUCAGUAAUUAUGACAUCCAUAUAAACAAAUAUUUCAUCAAUUUUGAUAUACGUAGAAACUAUUGAACUAAGAUAUUAUAUAAAUUCGGUUAUAUCUAUAUCCAAAAUAUAAAAUAUUAAACCCAAGUUUUUAUGAUAUUUGCUCGACAACAGCUCUUUGGAGUAAAAUGUUUUGAUAUUAGAAUAUGGCAAUAUCCUUCUAUAAGGUCAAAGGUACAGUUGUUUCUUAUAGAACGUACGUACAUAGAUGAACUGUCACCUUCUCAAUAUUUAAAGAUUCUCGUUAUACUAAUCAUAUGAAUUUAUAUACUGGCCUAUUUUAUAUAGAUUUAGAAUAAUAUUAGUAAAGGAAUUAAAUUUAUUAUGUUCUUUUGAGACUACAUUCCAGUAAAGUUUAAUUUCUUUGAGAAUAAUGUAUUCAAUGUUACCCUGUACAUACACACACACACACACACACACACAUAUAUAUAUCUAUAUAUAUAAAACCUGGUCGAAUGUACUUACAAAUAUAUAAAAAAUAUAUACAAUAAAAUUACAUAAUAAAUAGUAUAUGUUGAUUUAGUAUUACAUUAAACAGGUUAAUUAAAAAUAUGUAAAAUGCACAAGAAAAUUCUAUUAAUCGAACAAAAAUGACAAUGUAUACUUUCCAUUUCUUAUUAGUUGUGUACUUAAAAUUACUUAUAAUUUGUCGUUGAUUUUAAAAUAUUUUAAAAUGGCAUUGUGACUGCCCUAGUCAUAUUUUGUUGGAAUAUUAUAUUAAUAAUAUUUUUGUUCAGUAUAUAAAAAUGCGUGAUUUAAUUUUAGUGAGAGCAACAUUUGAUAAAUAAAAGACAUUUUAAGAAUUACAUUUUAAUUAUUUCUUAAUAUCGACACCCCGUAAACUAGAGAACAAAGCCGUCCAAGAAUAAAAAUUUAGGAUUUAUUAGUUUUGUAAUUCCAAAGCCAUAUACUUUGAAUUUACAUAAUUAAAAAAUAUAUUUAUAUACCCACGCAAGUAAAGAGGAAUUGUAA